CUUUUUCUCCCUGGCCGUCUGAAGGUCUGUCGCCAUCAUGAAUGACACAGUAACUAUCCGGACCAGGAAGUUCAUGACCAACCGGCUACUUCAGAGGAAGCAGAUGGUUAUCGAUGUCUUUCACCCUGGAAAGGCAACAGUACCUAAGACAGAAAUUCGGGAAAAACUUGCCAAAAUGUACAAGACCACACCUGAUAUCAUCUUUGUAUUUGGAUUCAGAACCCAUUUUGGAGGUGGCAAGACAACUGGCUUUGGCAUGAUUUAUGAUUCCUUGGAUUAUGCAAAAAAAACCGAGCCCAAACACAGACUUGCACGACAUGGCCUAUAUGAAAAGAAAAAGACCUCAAGGAAACAGCGGAAAGAACGCAAAAACAGAAUGAAGAAAGUCAGAGUGACUGCAAAGGCCAAUGUUGGGGCUGGCAAAAAGCCAAAGGAAUAA